CAUACUACUUCCUGAUGGUCACAUGAUAACGCUGCCAUGUGCGAAUACUGAUAACAAGUUCCCUACUUCAGAAUCAGUUGCUUUCUCCUCUCACCAACCAUGAAGACCUUGCGUGUUUACACAGUGAUGGCCACUGUGAUCCUCUCUGUCUUGGCACAGGUGACAAAGGGGGCUGAGAAAUCUCAGGAAUGCACCUGUGAGCUGAAUAAUUCCGGGCUCACCUUCCCCAUGGCUCGACUGCAGAACGUCCUGUCUGGUGCCACUGACUGCACCCGCAGGAUCACCUCACAGAAGAUGUCAGAAGUGAACAUUCUCCUGGACAAACUGCACUACCGCCUCCGGCAGCUGGAGGUCGAUGUGUUAGAACUGGAGGAUGAGAGUGACAAUGAUGGGUCUGCCCAAGAAGGGGACCUUUUCAUGGCAGUAGCCUUGCGCAUCAUUGAGAUUGAGCUGGCUGAAAUCCUGGACCUCAUUACAAAACUCAACACCACUACUACUGAUCACCAGGGCCUAACCGCAGACAUUAGCACAAAGUUGAAGAACAUGAGAAUGGAGAUGGAGUCUCUGGAGAAGUUUGACCACACAAACAUUGUAGAGAAACAGAAGAAGAAUCAGCAGCUGAUGAAGACCCUAGAACAAUGCCAGGCUGAACUGCAGGUGACAGUGGCCCCACCCAUUAUACCUGUGCCUGGAAACUGCAUCCAUGGGCACCUGCUAAACGUGACGGGUCCCAGUACCUACACCAUCACUCAAUACGGGACGUCAUACGCGUUUGGCGCCUGGGGUCGCGACCCCAUGCCUGUCAAAGGGAAGGAAGACUGGUACUGGCUGGUGGCCCUGACCAGCAGCAACAUCUAUGCCAACUACGUUCGCUGGUACAGCAGCCACAGUGCCAUCGUCUUGGGCGUGAAUGCCGAGGAUGUCUCCAUUGCCUCUGGGAACCCCACCACCAACACGGUGCAGGGUCCCAACGUGGCCAUGUACGGCGGCGCCCUGUACUACGGCUGCUACAACUCACCCUCCCUCUGCCGCUUCAACAUGACCGACCGUACCAUCACCACCGCUCCCCUGCCCAACGCCGGACACAACAACAAGUUCCCCUUCUGCCACCUGGCCACCUGCUACGGCUACACCGAUAUGGACGUGUCCACCGACGAGUCGGGCGUCUGGGUGGUCUACGCCACCCUCGAAAAUUACGGGAACGUGGUCCUGAGCGAGGUGGAGCUCGGCAGCCCUCCCACCCUGGGCCGCACCUGGCGCACCUCGCUACACAAGCGGACCGUCACCAACACCUUCGUGGCCUGCGGCGUCCUGUACGCCACGCGCUACGUGGACAAGCAGAACGAGGAGAUCUUCUACGCCAUGGACACGGUCUCCGGGCAGGAGAGGUACGGCCUGGGGCUGCGCAUCAAGAAGAUGUCCGACAACAUCCACUCGCUCAACUACAACCCCCGCGACCAGCAGCUCUACGUGUUCAGCGACGCACACGUUCUCACGUACCAGCUCAUCUUCGGAUGAAGCGCAUCCGCAACCUGCUCCCCAUUGCUGCACGCAUACUGCACGUAAACGCGUAUGGUAUGCUUAUUGACCGAAUGUUAAUGUUAACAGGUAUUCAUUAGAAUUUAAAAUAUUUUCAAAUAUAUUUUCAUGAUUUUCAACUGUGUCAUGAAUACAAGUCAUAUGUAUUGUAUUUGCAAGUCUUUCACAUUGUUCUCGGAAGCAUGAAAUUGUACGAGACCAUUGUAAUGAGUAAAUAAAACUCAUUUAAAUGCUG